UUAUUAAAAAAUCAAAAUUGUAUUUUGUUCAUACGUGUGCGGGGCGCCGGACAAACGAGUGUGUAUGUAGGCACGAACAUUUUUGAAAAGCAUGUGAUUUGAGGCUGAGCUCUAAUUGGCUUGUUUCAAAUCGUCCUUGGGGCGCAGCACUCUGCGCCCCAAACCCUCCCACUUUUGUUGUAAGCGAAUCAAUAUUGUUUUUAUAUUUUGGGCCUCAUGUGAUUGGACCGUUCUUAACGCCUCUCAUUACCGCUCAGCAGAUUGUCAUUUGACUGACAGGUACUGAUUAACGUGGAAGCAAGCGAAAUUAUCUCGAGAUGAAAGAAAAUUCGGUUUUAUCUUUACAAGAAUACCCGUUCCAAAGGCGUUCAGAUGAAGAAAAAAAACGGAUCAAGGAGCUUGGACCAGAUCGACCCAACUUGCAAAUUCAGCAGCAGUCAAGUGAUCGCGGUCGAUCUUACACUCGGUGCUUUUCCGGCACUUCUUAUGGAAAACGGAGUUGGCUAGCUGGAUGCGAUGUAAGUCAUGCCUUUUAUUGUUUUCCCUGUUUGCUGUUUCAAAGUCUUGGCACCGAAACGUUGUGGACAACAACAGGGGUUUGCGAUUUAAAACAUCUCUCUGAUAAGUGCAAGCGACAUGAAAGUAGCCGCAGCCAUCUUGACAACGCUAUGAGGCUCCAGUUUUUUGGGAAGCUUAGCAUUGCUGAACAGCUAGAUGAAGGCUACAGGAUUGGCAUUAGAAGGCACAAUGAAGAGGUCACAAAAAAUCGACACAUCCUGUCUAGAAUAAUAGACUGUGUAAAAUUUUGUGGCGCAUUUGAGCUGGCUUUGCGUGGCCACAAUGAGAGCGAGAGCUCAGAUAACCCGGGAUAUUCCGUGGCUUGGUCGACUUUGUUGCUUCUCUUGAUGGAGUUUUGAAAGAGCACCUCGAGAAUGCCUCUGUGUUUAAGGGAACUUCGAAAACCGUGCAGAACGAGCUGUUGGACUGUAUGUUGUCUGUUAUGAGGGAACACAUAAUCCAAGAAGCACAAAACAGCGAUUUUCUAUCAAUCCAGGCCGACGAGACCACCGAUAUUGCCACACAGUGCCAACUUGUGCUUGUGCUGCGCUACAUUGAUGGCAAAAGCAACGUACAGGAGAGGUUUUUUGCUUUUAUUCAUCUGCAUUCAACUACAGCUGAUUCCAUCGCUACAGCACUAAAAGAGCAUCUUACUGUCAUCCUUCCAGAGGAUCAGAAGAGUAAACUCAUCUCCCAAGCGUAUGAUGGAGCCAGCGUGAUGAGAGGUGCCACUGCAGGUGUUCAAAGGAAGAUUCAAGAUGUGUACCCAAAUGCCCAUUACAUCCACUGCUAUGCUCAUCAGCUCAAUCUAAUAAUGCAAAAGGCCACUUCUCACAUACCCAAAGUUAGAAUUUUUUUUUCUAACCUUGGAGGAUUUGCCAGCUUUUUUUCAAGAUCACCCAAGCGCACAGAUGUUCUUGAUAAAGUAGUUGCCCAUAGACUACCAACAUCAAGCAGUGUUAGAUGGAACUUCCACAGCCGUGCCAUCAAUACAGUGUUUGAGCACAGAGAGGGCCUCAUUCGCUGUUUUGAAACUAUUCGAGACUCAGGUGACUUUGACCCUGUUACCACCAGAGAGGCAGGAGGCUUUGCCAUGCUGCUGGAGGAUCAGGAUUUUAAUUUUUUUCUGCAACUUUUCCACAACAUCAUGCCACACGUGGACAUCCUCUAUGCCAAACUCCAGAAGAAGGACAUAGAUUCAGUCCACAUUAAGGGGAGCAUCCAGCAGUUCCAGCAGGACAUACAGAAGAUCAGAAAUUCUCUCCAUUCUCUGGUUAACCAAAGCAGUGAAGGAGCUUCUCAACCAAAGAGGCGGCGGUUGCUUAGUCCAGACGUCCAUGAACGGAUUGCAACAGAGGUCUGUGACACCAUACUCCAACACACCAUGGAACGGUUCUGCUUCACAAGCCACCUCGUUAGUGCCACCCUGCUGCAAGCAGACAGGUUUGAACAGUACACAGUGGCGUUUCCUGAAGAUGCACUGAGUAGGACUUUGAAGGCCUAUCCAGUGCUCAAUGGGAGUAAGCUAAAGACAGAGCUUAGUCUCAUCUACUGCAAGGAAGAGUUCAGAACCUGUUGUGGUGCUGUGGACCUACUGCAGCUGUUUAAGGAGAACAAUCUUGAAGAAGUCUUUUCAGAGACUGUCACUCUCCUAAAGAUCCUCAUCACCACACCCAUGACCACAGCAGAGGCUGAGAGGUGUUUCUCAACUUUGAAAAGAGUUAAGACUUUUCUGAGAAAUAGCAUGACCCAGGAGAGACUAAAUGCAUUGGCCAUGCUGUCAAUGGAGAAGAGAAUGGUGACUGAGAUCAUUGACUUUAACCAGAAGGUCAUUGAGAAAUUUGCAAGUCAGAAAGAAAGGAGAGCAAAAUUUAUUUUCAAAUAGUGUUAAUGGCCAAUGAUUAGGUAACUAUAGUGUGUUGUGUUUUUUUUGAAUGAUUACCUUGAUUACUUCAUUACUGAUAAUAAACCCACAUUCAAUUCAAAUUCACUGAUUCAUAGUACAUUUAUUUGCAUGUAUUAACAUUGACUGUAAUAAUGAUACAUCACCUGAUUAAUGGCUAUUUAUAGUCCUGCAUUACUGACAGUUGUUGUUUGCGCCCCCCCAAAUAUUUUUAGC